ACAAACAAAACAGCUUGCAUUCGUCUGUAAACUUCAGCCCGGUUGCAAAUCGCGAGACAUUACUGUAUUAAUAGAUAAGAGUAAGGGAGGUUAACCUUUUACUACAAUGGUAAAAGAGUUAACACUUUAUAAUAGACUGCGGUAAUACAUAAGUGACAGGAUCACAAUCUACAACGUAAUGUAAUGAGAUUAUAAAGGCAUAUUGAUAGAAAAGCCUAGUGGUUGCUGAACAAUAUUGUAAUAAAAUUUGCCUUAUUUAAUUUUAAACUACGGCUAUAGAUGUGUACUUUGCAACUUCAAAUCAAUGUUAGUAUAUGCGGUUAGUUUACUUAAUAAGAGGAACCCUAGCAAGACAAUAAUUAACACCAUAUUAACCUUUCAAAGGAGAAUGGCAAGUAAUAGGUCUACAGAGAAUGAACUGAAAGUGGAAGAUAUGCGUACAAAGUAUCAUGAGAAAAAUCAAACAUUCCUUGAAUCGGACUUGCAGUCUAAAGACCCAAUCAGCCAGUUUAAGAUAUGGUUUGAGGAAGCUGCUAGAACCCCUGGAAUCGCUGAAGCUAAUGCUAUGUGUGUUGCCACAGCAUCCAAGGAAGGCAGGCCGUCUGCUAGAUAUCUCUUGUUGAAAGGAUAUGGCAUGGAUGGUUUCAAGUUUUACACACAUUACAAUAGCAGAAAAGGGAAAGAUUUGGAAGAAAAUCCUUGGGCUGCCCUUACAUUUUAUUGGGAACCUCUGCAUAGAUCAGUAAGAAUCGAAGGCAGAGUGGAAAAGUUGGGUGCAGAGGACUCGGACAAUUACUUCCACUCCCGUCCAAGAGACAGUCAGAUCGGAUCAUCUGCGAGUAAACAGAGCUCUGUGAUUGAGAGUCGAGACGUUUUGACAGAACGGGAGGCAGAACUGAUGGCACAAUUCAAGGGCCAGGAGAUUCCCCGCCCUCCCACCUGGGGUGGCUAUAUAUUGAUACCAGACUCAAUGGAGUUUUGGCAUGGACAUAGCAAUAGACUACACGACAGAAUCCGGUUCCGCCGACCUGAGUCAAGAGAAACUCCCGACGGCAAAUUUACACACAUAGGUGAAAACGGCUGGGUCUACGAGCGUCUCUCUCCAUAACAGCAAAAUCAGAACUUAAAUGUCUUCCAAUAUGCCAGAUUGUCUUCCAUUAUUGUUUUAAUGCAAGAUGUCCUAUGUAAUGUUUUUAACUAUGUUAUAUCAAUUAUUAUAUUUUUUAGUUAACUGUUUUAUCGUUUUAAAAAAACAAUUAUACAGUAUAUUUGAAAUGUU